CCGAACAGUUCAAUGGGAUCCACUACAACACCACCAAGGAAGAGUAAGGUUCAUUACCAGGUGGCUGUGAUCAUCAACUACCUGGGUCACUGCAUCUCUCUGGGCGCUCUGCUGCUGGCCUUCACCUUGUUCAUGAGGCUCAGGAGUAUCCGCUGUCUGAGGAACAUCAUCCACUGGAAUCUGAUCUCUGCUUUCAUCCUAAGGAACGCAACCUGGUUCAUCGUCCAGUUAACCAUGAACCCUGCUGUUACCGAGAGCAACCAGGUGUGGUGCAGGUUGGUCACUGCAGCCUAUAAUUAUUUCCAUGUGACCAACUUCUUCUGGAUGUUCGGUGAGGGCUGCUACCUGCACACGGCCGUGGUGCUCACCUACUCCACCGACAGACUGCGCAAGUGGAUGUUCAUCUGCAUCGGCUGGGGUAUUCCAUUUCCUAUCAUCGUAGCCUGGGCAGUGGGGAAGCUCUACUAUGACAAUGAAAAGUGCUGGUUUGGGAAGAAAGCAGGAGUUUAUACUGACUACAUUUACCAAGGACCCAUGAUCCUGGUGCUGCUGAUCAACUUCAUCUUCCUGUUCAACAUUGUCCGCAUCCUCAUGACCAAAUUGAGGGCGUCGACGACGUCUGAGACCAUCCAGUACAGGAAGGCGGUCAAGGCCACGCUGGUGCUGCUGCCUCUGUUAGGAAUCACCUACAUGCUGUUUUUCGUGAAUCCUGGAGGAGAUGACGAGGUGGCGCAGAUCGUCUUCAUCUACUUCAACUCCAUCCUCGAGUCUUUCCAGGGCUUCUUCGUCUCAGUCUUCUACUGUUUCCUCAACAGUGAGGUGCGCUCGGCGGUGAGGAAGCGCUGGAUUCGUUGGCAGGACCGUCACUCCCUGCGCAGCCGGGCGGUGCGCGCCACGUCUCUGCCCACGUCUCCGAGCCGCGUGUCCUUCCACAGCAUCAAGCAGUCCUCCAACCUCUGACCCCCGGCAGACAGACAGCUGCGUCGCCGUGGAAACCAGGGCUGGAUUCAACUAACCAAUGACCAUCUGUG